GGGAUAGAUUUCAGCCCCGACAGUCUGAUCCCUGUCGUGCCUCGGCCCAAGGAAGCUGCCAAAUGUGGGGUAAGGGACCCUCGCAUUUGAUGCUGUCAUGGAAAAAGGAGAUAGAGCUCCCUGUGAAGUGAGUCCAAGUUUAGGUAGCAUCUGGCUCCUCAAACAAAUUUCCAACGGCCAGCAUUUUGCUUCCUCCUCAAUUGCCAGUCCUGCUUCAUCCGUUCUUGCUCUAUUUGAGAUUGCGCAACCGAUCAAUUCUAUUGGAGGGAGGCAGUCAAACAGUCCAAGCAAUUCAGCCUGGACCCCAGCUUUGCCACGCCCGUCUCUUUCGUCUCAUCUCGCGGUGGUACAGUACGUACUUCACAGUCUCAGGUACGCACUGAUUACACGGAGUUUAACUCAAAGCCGCGCCUCGAUCACUAUACAUUCACCUCAUCCCUUGUCUACCUAUCUUGUUUUCACCGGCCCCCUUUUUUCUUCUUUUUUAUUUUAAGCCCCAACAUAACAAACAAGCUAGUCCGUAGCAUCCAACACCUGCUACUCGUGUCACAAACACCAACACAAACUCCAACAGGCUUUACAACCAUAACGGCAAACCAAUUGUCAAUAUGGGUUCCAAAGCCGGGAUUUCUAGCAUACCGGCCUUCGAGGCCACAGCCCUGGACAGCAUCCGGCCGACAUGCGACAAGGUGCUCGAGAUGUUUGCCUCUCACAAGACCAAGGACUUGGAAUGGCGCAAAGUCCAGCUGCGCAAGCUGUACUGGGCCGUCGAGGACUACACCCCAAUGAUCCUCGAGGCCAUGCAGCUCGACUUUGGAAAGCCGGCAUACGAGGUCCUUCUCAGUGAGAUCUCCUUUGUCAAGAACGACUGCAUGUUUAUGCUUAGCAAUCUGAACACCUUCGCCAAGGAUGAGUACCUCGGCAGCCCACAUGUGCCGUUUGCGUUCCGCAUCAACCAGAUCAGGACGCGCAAGGAGCCGCUCGGGUCCGUCCUCAUCAUCUCGCCGUACAACUACCCGUUCAUGCUGCUGCUCUCCCCCUUGGUUGGAGCUAUUGCCGCCGGCUGCACGGCCGUGCUGAAACCCUCGGAGCUGGCGCCCCACACGGCCGCCGUGGUCAAGGAGAUGAUCGAGCGCCGCCUUGAUCCUUCAGCAUUCGCCGUCGUCAACGGUGCCGUGCCGGAGGUCAACGCACUCCUCGACUGGGCCCAGUGGGACAAGAUCUUCUACACGGGCAGCACCAACAUCGGCAAGAUCAUCGCCAAGAAGGCCGCCGAGACCCUGACGCCCGUCACGCUGGAGCUGGGCGGCCUCAACCCCGCCUUCAUCACACGCCAUGCCGACCUGUACCUCGCGGCCAAGCGGCUCAUGUGGGCCAAGACCUUCAACGCUGGCCAGGUCUGCCUGUCGCAAAACUACGUCCUGGUCGAGCGCCCCGUCCUCGACAGCUUCAUCGCCGAGCUGAACCGCGUGCACAACGAGUUCUUCCCGCGCGGCGCCAGGGACAGCGAGCUGGCCCGCGUCAUCAAUGAGAGGCACUGGCUGCGCAUGAAGAAGAUGCUGGACGAGAGCAGGGGAAAGAUCAUCAUGGGCGGACAGAUGGACCAGGAAACGCUCUUCAUGGAGCCGACGGCGGUGCUCGUCGACUCCGCAGACGACUCCAUGGUCGUGGAGGAAUCCUUCGGGCCCAUCUUUGCGGUCAUGGCGUUUGAUGACCUCAACGCCGCCAUCAAGCUGGCAAACAGCGUCGACAAGACCCCGCUUGCGCUGUACGCAUUCGGCAAGGACCACGAGACGAAUAAAGUCAUCAACGAGAUGACAUCGGGCGGCGCAUCCAUCAACGACUCGUUCGCGCACGCACAACUCAACUCGGUCGCCUUUGGCGGCGUCAAGACUUCGGGCCAGGGCGCAUACCGCGGCAAGGCUUCGUUCGACUGCUUCUCGCACCACCGCACCGUCGCCAAGACGCCCGGCUGGAUGGAGUCGCUGCUGCGGGUGCGCUACAUGCCGUACAACAUGUCGGAGCUCAAAAAGCUUGCCAUGCUGUCGUCCAAGAGCCCCAACUUUGACCGCCAGGGCAGGGAGGUCAGGGGCCUGGCCUACUGGUCGUCUCUCAUCUUCGGCAUGGGAGCCGCCGGUCCCAAGGGUGCGUUUGCGCGUUGGCUGAUUGUCUUGGUCGCUGCUUACGCGUGGAUGAACAGAGUAGCUAUUACGAACAUAUACCAGCUGGUCAAGCAGCUGGCUGCGAUGUACUGAGGUUUUCCUUUUUCCUUUCAAGGCGAAAAUCGAGAAAAAGGAUGCGACGAGAAAAAGUAUCGGGCAUUUCUUUCAUGUUUCCGUCUUUUCCUAACACUUACCGGUCGGGGUUCCGCGAUCUACCUGGUCAUGAUACGGCCGCCGGGGCUCUCAUGUUUCUCCUUUGUCGCCCUUCAGUCUUGGUAUGUAACCAGUGUGCACCCAUGUAAUAUAAACUCGAUAUCUAGUAAGCCUUGUGCGAUUUACGGAACAGACUCACCCAUACAGUUUUGACAAG